CCGGAGCCAAGGCGCAGUUCGCCACUAGAGACAGAGAGCAAUGGAUAGAUAGGAUUGUACGCGCACCAACGGGAUCUUUUUUUCCUACCUUCUAGCUUCCCCAAGCUGGUAAACACACGGCUGGUACUACAUCCCAGAAAAAGUGCGACGCCAGCAAGUGUCAACGUCGUGGUAGUGCAAAUAAAGGCCCAAGGCGGUUUGAAUAGGGUCUAGUCAAAGCAUCGCAAAGUGCUAAUCAAGAAUCUGUGAUUUUUCUUCUACUUCCCGCUAAUUGUGAUAUAUAUAUAAAUCUUCGCUCAUUGAUACCUACAAACCGUCAAGAUGGUGCAAGGAGACGUUACAAGUGUACUAAGAGACACCACCAACCUAGAGCAGGUGCGCGAGGAGGCGAAGGAGAGGAGAAAGAGACGCAAGAAGAAGCGUUCUGGUUCCACUCUUGUUGCCAGUGUUUUCAGUGAUCUGUACAAACUUACCGGCGAGGUGUUGGGGCAGGGUGCAUAUGCGUCAGUGCAGACAUGUGUCAACAUCUAUACAGACAUAGAGUAUGCUGUAAAGAUCAUUGAAAAGGUACCAUCACAUAGCCGAACGAGAGUGUUUAAGGAAGUUGAGAUGUUCCAUCACUGCCAGGGACACAAGAACAUCAUCCAGUUGGUGGAAUUCUUUGAAGAGGAUGAUAAGUUCUACCUGGUCUUUGAGAAAAUCUAUGGAGGGCCUUUGCUAUCUCACAUUCAGCGAAGGACUCACUUUACUGAAGCAGAGGCAUCCAUGGUCAUCCGAGACCUUGCCUCUGCACUAGCUUUCUUACACAGUAAGGGUAUUGCACACAGAGAUCUCAAACCUGAGAAUAUCUUGUGUGUAUAUCCGGACCAAUUGUGCCCAGUGAAAAUUUGUGACUUUGAUCUGGGUUCUGGAAUAAAGUUCAACUCUAAUUUAAGUUCACCGGUGAUGACCCCCCAGUUAUUAACGCCAGUAGGCUCUGCAGAGUUUAUGGCACCAGAAGUGGUGGAGGGAUUCAUAAGUGAUGAUGCUGGGCCAUAUGACAAGAGGUGUGAUCUUUGGUCCUUGGGUGUGGUAACAUACAUUCUUUUGUGUGGUUACCCACCUUUCUGCGGCAACUGUGGUGAAGAUUGUGGAUGGGAGCGAGGGGAGGCCUGUCCUCAGUGCCAGGAUCUUCUUUUCAAUAACAUUCAGGAUGGCAGCUAUGAGUUCCCCAAGCCAGAGUGGUCGUACAUUAGCGAGGAAGCCAAGGAUCUGAUUCGAAAGCUACUCGUGAAGGAUGCAUCUCAAAGAUUGUCUGCUGAGAUGGUCCUUGCCCAUCCUUGGGUUAAGAAUGGUGGGCCUACGACCUGCUUGGAAACGCCCAAUGUCAUCAGAAAGAACCACAGUGCACAACAACUUUCGCUAUUUGCCGAGUCGUGCAUGGCACUCAAUCGCGUCCUGUUGCAGCAUUUCAGCAUGAAUCAGGAUGAAGAUUGCGAGAACAUGCAUGGAGUUGAUCCUCCAUUCGGCCUGUCACCCCCUUCAGAGUCGCGUCUUGCCCAGAGGCGACUUCGUUCUAUCAGCCUCAAUACUGAGCACCUCCUCACUGCCACCGGCUAACUGGCCUCCUUGCCAGUAACUCAGGGUCAGGUGCUACACUGUUGUCACCAUUAGCAGUGUAGAACCAUUGUUUUUUCUUUAAUUUUUUUUUUCUAUGUUUGUUUAGGCUUGAACUCUGUUGGCAAAGUAUUGUUGCUAAGAAUCCUGAAUGUAAUAGGAAUCAGAGCAGCAAGGUGAGCUAUAGGGUAUCGUGUUAAGCCACCUUUAAUAUUUUUUCCUAUAGUAUUACAAUAAUAAUGUGUAAUGGAGGUUUAGCCAGCUCAUUGAUGAUCAAAUAUUUAAAACUAUAUAUAAAAGUAUUUGUUUAUUCAGUUUUUGUUAUAUAGAUAUAUAUAUGUGUAGGCACAAAAUUUGAGAUAUAUUUUCAUAUAAGCUUUAUUGAGUCCAGGGUAUAACCAUCUUUUGACUUGGAUUCAUAAUUAAUUUUUUUUAGUGCCAAUUAUUGAAAGUGGGCUAUAACCAACAAAUUAAGUACAAAGAUUAUAAAAAAAUCCUCUUUGAAUCUGUCCUGAAUGCCACUGUAAAAUAAGGUUAACGAGUAUUGCGAUGGUGUGUGAAUAUCUCUCCCUCGUGGACGGCCUGUGUGGAUCGUUAGGAGCGGGCACUGUGAUACUCUUAUUAGUGUGUAAGGUUGAGAGGACCCCCAGUCGUAAUAUUGCUUGGAAUAACAAUGUUUCUCUUUGUGUGUGGUGCUUAGUAACUUAAGUUGAUAGUUGUAAUCCCAGUAAGUGCCUAUGCUUUGAUGUCAGAUAUGACAACAUUUAAGUCCCAAAUUGCUUAGGUAAUAGAAAAAUACUAAAAAGAGCAUUGGUUUCAGGUCAAUAAAAUCAGGUCCAAAAGUUCAAACUAGAGGGUCAUUUCAGGACAGUCCAGCCUACAUGUAGUGUUAAAGAAAACAAAACUUGAAUUUAUGGAUGCAUAAAACAUUUCAAAAUUCUAGUCUCUUUUUAAAAUGCACAAGGUCUUGAUUCACAUUGCCUAGAGUACCCAUUUGAUAACAGUUUGAUGGAAGCACUACAGGUCACUUGGGCUCUUUAAAUUCAGUUAGAUGAUAGGACUAGUUGUGUUGUUUUUUAUUUUUAUUUUUUUUUUAUUUUUUAUUUUUUUGCAAGUUUACUAUUUACACCUUAUGUAAUGGAGGGAGAAUCUCUCUCUCUCUCUCUCUCUCUCUCUCUCUCUCUCUCUCUCUCUCUCUCUCUCUCUCUCUCUCUCAAUCUCUCUAAUUUUUUUUUUUUUUUUUUUAUUAGGCAAGAAAUCCCAACUAAAGGCUGCCACCAUUUAAAAGUUAAAUAUGAAAUAAAUGAUGUGUGUACCUGGAGUGCCAUGGCUUGUGCACAUGCUGCCCACGUCCUAAACGAUCCACACUUCCCCGUCCUGUAGAGUUACGUUUUGUUACUGUUUUCUAUCUUUUUAUACAUUGGAUAGGCUAUAAAGUAAGAGUUGAUUACUUCUUAAAUUUUGCCAAAAACUCAUUUGUUUCUACAGAGCAAAGAAUUGGCUCUGGUUUGUUUUUCAUAAAUCUGUCAGUCAUGUUAGUUUCUACCUUGUUACCUGAAGGUAUGUGAUCGUACCAUUCAUUCACAAAGGUAGAAACUAAGAUGUAAAGUACUGCAGAAGCUUUUGGUUGGGGCGGUACAUAAGGACACACCAUAUGUCAUCCUCUCCCUGUCAUUCCAUGGAUAGGCCGAUUGUGUAAAAAAAAAAAUGUAUAUAUAUCGAAUACAAUAAUUGGUAAUCCUUUAGUAGUGUUUUGAAAACUGCUAUUGGUUGCCUCUUGACCCAGUGAUGUAGGUGCAGUGACCAUAGGAAAUGACAGUGAGGGAGAGAAGAAAGGAACAGUUUAUUCAUUGGUUGUCAUUGUAUGUUGCCCCUAUGACAUUCCUCAUACAUUUUUUUUUAAAUCAUAGUAGCAGUAUGGUUGAUCCACAAACACUGGUCAUGCUUGCCUCAUGCUCCUUAUCAUAUCAUGAUCUCAUAUUCAGUCAACCAUGCAGGGUGAGGAGAUUUUUCUUAUUUAUUUGUCAUUGCUGAGUCGAUCCUCUUUGCUAUACUUCAUCCAGCCAUCUGAAGAGGUUGAUUAGCAAACAACAUAAACCAUCAACCCCCCUUCCUCCCCCUUUACUGAAAUGAGGAAGGGAUUUGACUAUUGUCUAGUGGUUUCAUAUUUUUGCAUCAUGUAAGUUUUUUUUUUUUUGUCUUUCUUUUCUUUGCAGGUCAAGCAAGAUUUUUUUCUGCAAUUUAAGUAAGAUUAUGGUUUAAUGUUGUUUGUUAGUAGUGACCAGGAGUAUAGUCCAUGUGAUAGCUCAAGGAUCAGCCAUACUGUUGUUCAUCAUCAUCCUUGUCUUCCUGCUGUAUCGCCUCAGUGCGUACGAGAGGAGAGAAAGUUCAUCUAUUUUGUGGCCCCCCUAAUUUUUUUUUCUUUUUUUUUUUUUAUAUAAUAACCAUAGUUAUUUUGUCUACCAGGUGUUCUGAGCAAUUAGUUUCAACUCAAAAGUAUUUAAACUACUGGAAGUCCAUGAGAGGCAAUUAAUAGCAUGAAAAACUAGUUGGCUGAUUUAACAGAACACUUGGCAAUACUGAAGUAAGAUUCACUAAUUAACCACUUUACUGUAUGUGGAAUAAUUUAUAUUGAUGAAUUUAUAUACAUGAAUAUAUAUAUUUAAUUAUAUGAAAUCAUGAAGGGAGGCCCCUUGUAUUUGUUUGUACCUGUCCAUAGUAGGUCGGUACAUUUUACAAGUGUUAAGAUAAAACAAAUAAUGCUUGUAUGAAAAGAGGAAGUUGAUAUUUCUUGUACUGUAUACCCUGAGCUCACUGAAACAUCCAAAAGUAAAAUUAUAGAGCGCCACCAGGGAGGAAGUGCAAAUAAAAGUUAUCUUUUUA